AUGCAACACUUUUUGAAGCGUGGCAGCAGUCUGCUGCUGCACACUCGCCUUUGGUCUGAUCUGCUGCCAUCAUGAACCUGAAGCUCAUCUUCUUUUGCCUUUUCCUUGUUGCGAUCCUCAUCCCUGCUGCAACAAAACCUAAAAAGCACAAAAAACAUCAUCAUCAUCAUCAUCAUCAUCAUCCUCAUCAUCAUCAUGGGCAUGACCAUGAGCACCCUGAAAUGGGGGCUAUUAAACAUGGGAAACACGAGAAAAGGAAAGAACGAUUUAAGGACAUAGUAGCGGACCUUUUCUUUGGGAUUUUGGAGGAGGUUGGUGAUGACGACGAUGAGGAUGAUGAAGUCAGUGAAUGGCUUUUUGAUCUCCAAGAGCCAGCGGGUCAAUGCAACCCCAACCCGUGUCAAAAUAACGGAGUCUGUGAGGAGAAAGGAAAGAAACGUUUCAAAUGUGACUGUCCAAGACAUUACAGGGGAAAGAGAUGCGAGAAAGGUCGAAAAGUUUGCAAGAGAGGUAGAUGUGGUCGUGGCGAUUGUGUGCUGACUUCCACUCCUCCGUUCUAUGAGUGCAAAUGCAAGCAGCCCUUCCAGCCUCCAAAUUGCAGAACAUAUAAUCUGUGUGAACCUAAUCCUUGUAAGAAUGGUGGAGAGUGCAUCAAGAAUGGAAACGACUUUGACUGCGAGUGUCCGCCGGGAUUCACAGGACAGUUCUGCCAUGUUGGCCCAAAUGAUUGUUAUACGGAUGACGGGGAGUCAUAUCGUGGCAAUGUGAGCGAGACAGUUGGUGGUGCUGAAUGCCUCUACUGGAACUCCCAUUUCAUCCUGGAGAAGGGGACGGAUCCUUUCAACAACUUUGAGGACAGUGACGGCCUUGGUCCUCAUAACUUCUGCAGAAAUCCAGAUGGAGACUUGAUGCCGUGGUGUUUCUUCAGAAGAGGCAAAAAGCUGCUGUGGAACUACUGUGAUGUCAAUGAGUGUUCCGAUGAAAUUUCCCCUUCAGCCCCCCCUGCUACCUCUGCGCCUUCAGCCCCCCCUGCGACCCCUGCGCCUUCAGCUCCCUCUCAGCCUACUCAAAAUCUCCAGCCGCCACCACCUGCCCCAACCCAAAAGCCCACCCAGGCUCCCCAACCUAGUAUAGUUGUACCCACUGCCACACUUUCACCACAACAAUUCAGCUCCUGUGGGAAGCCUCAGCCAAAGAAAGUCAUGACCCGGAUCUUUGGAGGAUUGAAGGUGCCACCGGGGGCCACACCUUGGCAGGUGUCCCUCCAAAUCAGAACAAAGGGCUCUGCCCAGUCACACAGGCACAUCUGUGGAGGCGUUCUCAUUGAAAGCUGCUGGGUACUCACAGCUGGACAUUGCAUCGAACCAGGAAAUGACAUGCAGGUGGUUCUGGGGGGGCUGUCUCUGGAUGUUGACGAGCCCACUGAACAGAUCAUUAACGUUGAAGAGGCUAUUGUGCAUGAGAACUACAGGGAGACUCCAGCAUCAGUUCACAAUGACAUAGCUUUGCUAAGACUGGAAGAUACUGAUGGUGUUUGUGCCAGUGAGACCCAGUUUGUGAAGGCUGCCUGCUUGCCUGACGGCCCACUAGAUGACGGGAUGGAAUGUACCAUAUCUGGUUGGGGUGCCACUGAGGAAUCCGACUAUGGUUCCAACCAUUUGCUGCAAGCCAACGUUCUGCUGAUCAACCAGGAUAAAUGCUCUGAAAGCAAGAUUUAUGGCAAUGUUUUGGAUAACAGCAUGUUCUGCGCUGGCCACCUAAAAGGAGAGGUAGAUUCAUGCCAGGGUGACUCUGGAGGACCGCUGACUUGCGAGCAGAACAACGUCCACGUUGUUUACGGCUUGGUUAGCUGGGGAGAUGAGUGUGGCAAGAAGAAUAAACCGGGGGUGUAUGCUCGGGUCACUAACUUCCUGGAUUGGAUCAAGUCAAAGACUCAAGCCAAACCUUAAUAAACAGCCGCCUACAAGAGUAGCAUAGCACUCUGGGUGAAUAAUAAUAAUCCAUCCAUCCAUUUUCUACUAAUUAUAAUGAUUAUUAUUAUUAUCAUUAAUAUUAUUUUUAUUAUUAUUUAAAUAAUACAAAUAAUAAUAAUGAUGCACUAGACCCAACUAUUGAUUUGGAAUUUUGUGUUUUGUUUUUCCUGUAAGUAUAAUUAUUUCAAUCCAAUAGGUCCUUUUAAAGGAUAACAACUGAAAUUGUCUGUACAUUUGCUUUUGAUGUAAUGUGUUUAAUUGCUUAUGGAGUGGCUUGUACACAAAGAAAUCCUACAAUCUUG